UCCCCGAGUUUAGCAGUGCGAACAGCGGCUGCUCUACAGACAUGCGUCAGAGUGUAAACACUGCACGGUCUGUUCUGGUACCAAUAAACCUGCUAUUUAUGGAUAUUUAGACAGAAGAUUUUUGUGCACAUUAAACGAAAACCAUGAGCAACGUAUUCUGCUGUGUUUUGGUUGUCCUAUGCUCAGUGGCUCUUUGCAUGGACUUUGACGAGAGACCCAGCAUCUCCAGGAGGAGUGAGCAAAGCAUGUUUCUAAAGAGUCACAAAACACGAAAUCUGCUCAGUUUGAAAGAUUCACAGCAGCCGGACCAUCUCAGGAUGAAAAGAAGUGAAGAUUCCGCACAAAAUCAAUGCCAAGCACUGCACGGCUAUGAGUCUACGUUAAAAAACAACACUCAUACGUAUAACUUCAAUGACCUGAGUGGCUCGGUGUCUCUGGCCUGGGUUGGAGACGGCACAGGGGUUCUGCUGGUGCUGACCACAUUUCAGGUUCCUCUUUUUAUCAUGCGGUUUGGUCAGUCCAGACUGUACAGAAGUGAAGACUAUGGAAAGACAUUCCAGGACAUCACCGACCUUAUUAACAACACCUUCAUACAGACAGAGUUUGGCAUCGCGAUUGGUCCUGAAAAUUCCGGGAAGGUGAUCCUCACAGGUGAUCUAACCGAGGGGAGAGUCACUAAAAUUUUCCGUUCUGUUGAUUUCGGCAAGAGCUUUGUGACCUCUGAGCUACCCUUCCAUCCGUUAAUGCAGAUCACAUACAACCCCAGAGACAGCAACAUACUCAUGGUCUACAGCAUCAAUUAUGAUUUAUGGCUGUCUGAGGACUUCGGGGCCAACUGGAGGAAGAUCCAUGAGACUGUUUGUCUUGUGAAAUGGGGAAUGGAUGACACCAUAUUCUUAACCACAAACCCCAAUGGAUCCUGCAGUGACCGGGGAACACUUGAAUUGAGAAAAUCUUUAGACUAUGGCAAAACAUUCAAAACUAUAGGAAGCAGGAUUUAUUCCUUCGGCCUGGGUGGACGCUUUGUUUUUGCCUCAGUCAUGACCGACUCUGGUUCCAAACGCAUGAUUCAUGUCUCGGUAGAUCAGGGGGAGACGUGGGAUAUGGCUCAACUGCCCACCGUUGGACACGAGCAGUUCUACUCCAUUCUAGCCGCAAACUACGAUAUGGUCUUCAUGCACGUAGAUGAACCUGGAGACUCCGGUAUUGGUACCAUAUAUGUUUCGGAUGACCGAGGUACAGUGUUUUCCACGUCUCUGGAGCGCCAUUUGUACACCACUACAGGCGGAGACACUGACUUCACCAACAUCACCUCUCUGAGGGGCGUAUAUAUGACCAGUGUGCUCGCUGUGGAUGGCUCUGUGCAGACAGUGAUCACAUUUAAUCAAGGUGGAGAGUGGCAACCACUGCAGAGACCCUGGAACGGAGUUUGUGACUCCACAACCGAGUACCCAGACAAGUGUAGUCUGCAUAUUCAUGCCUCCUACAGCAUCUCAAUGAAACUGAACGUCCCCGUGCAGCCCCUCUCAGAGCCCAAUGCCGUGGGACUCAUCCUGGCACAUGGGAGUGUGGGAGGUGCAGUUUCUGUGCUUUCUCCAGACGUGUAUGUGUCUGAUGACGGGGGUUACACAUGGUUUCAGGCACUAAAAGGCCCCCAUCACUAUGCCAUACUAGAUUCAGGAGGACUGCUGGUAGCGGUGGAACACAACCCCUCACACCCCAUAUCACAGAUCAAGUUUUCCACUGAUGAAGGUCAGUGUUGGCAUGUGCAUAACUUCACUGAUGAUCCAAUGUACUUCACUGGGCUGGCAUCAGAACCUGGUGCCCGUUCCAUGAACGUCAGCCUGUGGGGCUACAGGGAAACUGUCCUGAAUCAGUACUGGGUUUCUGUCACCGUCGACUUCAGGCAUUUGCUCUCUAGAGACUGUCAGGAAAAUGACUACAUCCAGUGGCUCGCUCACUCAAACGAUAUUAGCGACCCCACUGAUGGGUGCAUGCUGGGAUACAAGGAAAGGUUUUUGCGGUUACGAAAGGACUCAGUGUGCUGGAACGGGUGGGAUUACAUUGUCACCAAGGAGCCCACGACAUGUCCCUGCACCCUCACUGACUUUCAGUGUGACUUUGGGUUCUACCAUGCGGAAAACAGCUCAGUUUGUGUGGAGCAGCCCGACCUUAUUGGCCAUUCACUGGAGUUCUGCCUGCACGGACGCAAAGAGCAGCUCCAGACCAGCGGUUACCGUAAAAUUCCUGGGGAUCACUGUAAAGGAGGAAUAACUCCAGAACGAAAAGAGAUCGAUCUGAGUAAGAAAUGCGUUAGUAAUUUGCUGAGGACAGAGCUACUGACAGAGGAACAUUCAUUCAAUUCAGCUCCUAUAAUCGCUGUGGUCAUCGCUGUUCUGUUGAUCAGUGCUGUUGCUGGGGUUAUUUUCAUCAAAAAAUAUGUCUGUGGAGGACGGUUCUUGGUGCACAGGUACUCUGUAUUACAGCAGCACGCUGAAGCUAACGGUAUCGAUGGUGUGGAUGACCUGGACACACUGGAGGUUGGCAAGAUACAAUACCAUGAUGAUUCAGAUGAGGACCUCCUAGAGUGACAGACAGAUGGAUCAUCAUAAGACUGUUUUAAAAGAGAGAAACUACAAUGCCUGCCCUUCCCAUGACCCUCUCUAUGUGUGUGUAUCUGCGUUCCAGCACACAUGAGACACAUUCUGCCCAAUCAGUUUGUUUCUGGCUACUUGGGGACACAUUUUCAGCGAUUCAGCCCAGCAGGAUUUGACUGCAAGGACAGAAAUAGAGAAAAACAUGCAUUUUCCCAAAAGCUUCUCCCAAAGGAGUUUUCUAAUCCACUGCUGAAAGAGUUUCAAUCUUUUUGAAUCAUUUCGUAUUAUGUUUUUGCGAUGCACAAAGGAUUUGAAGCAGUUUUGUUGCCAUAUAUUUCAAAUGUAUGCGAGUUGAUGCACAAAAUCAAAUGGCUGAGGAGUAUUAUUUAACUAAGUAGUACUUUGAAGGCAUAAUUGGAGUAUAAUUUAGGGAAAAGAGGAUACAUCAGACAUGAGCUUUGAAGUGUGGUUAAAACUGAUGUAAGUGCUUAUUUUUUUCAUUGCUGGUUUCCUGCAUCAGGUAUUUAAAUUCUCCAAAGGAUUUUCAGCUUUGUUUUUCAUAUUAGGAAAACAGGUCUCCUUAAAGUCUGCUUUUGAAAUCCAUUGUAUAAAUAGAAGCAUCUUCAGAAAAUAGCCUGCUCAUUAUUUCAAGAGUUACUGUGUGAGCAAAUCUAGAUGAAUAUGAAGUGUUUAAAGGUAAUAUUUAACAUUCCCUGGAGGUUUCAUUUGUGAGUUUCACCAUAGAUGUACACCGAGCCUUGUUUGUAGAGCUUGUAGGCUUUAUUAUACUAACAUCCUGAGUAUUACAGUUUGGAUCUUCAAGAAUCUAGUUUAGCAAAGCUUUAGUCAUUCCAAAAAACUAAUUUUACUUUGCGUUCUGUCUGGUUCCCUGCCAUUGCUGUGUGCUUAGAUUGACAUAUCUUCUAUGCACGAAUAAUGAUACAUUCUUCUUCCUUUCCUACUUUCAAUUGUGUGGUUUUUAAUAAUCUUAAAAUGCCUGACCUUACAUAAUGGGUCUUAGAGACAAUAGCAAUGUGGUAUCAGUCCGAGACCUUUUUGCUAAGUCAGCAAUAAUUGUAUAUUCAAUAACAAGACGACACUUUUAAUGUUAACUAUGACAUUAAGUGUUUUGUUUUUUCAACAACUCAUCCUUCAUUAGGAUAUCGACAAUACUAAGUGCAUCUAGUUAGCAGCCUAAUCAAAUAUGAAAAUGUAUAUUUUUUGGUCUGUAUUGAUUUUCAACAAUUAAAUAAGCUCAUUUGUAGUCACUAAGCUGAUUAAAAAACUUUUUUUUUUUUUUUGCACAGAUAAUAAAAUAGAUACCUCAGGGGUUAUAGAAAACAGUGGACCACACAUUUCAUUGAUGGGUUUGCAUGUUGAAAGCAGGGUCCUCAGGCUUGAGAUGGAUGAACAUGGCUUUUCUGAAGUCAAAGUGUAAAAUGCUGUACCAUUAAAUGUGAUUGCCAGCAACAAUAAAAGAAAAAAAACUCU